UUGUUAAAUUUUAAACGAAUAGGUAGCUCCCUCUUGCGUAUGUGACGUCAUUGUGCAUAUUCCAUUCAAAUUUGUUGGCGCCAAUCCACUCACAGAAUGUUUUUAUAAAUACGCCUGAUCAGCUGUUGUGAUUGUUAUUAAAAAAAACAACUGUUUAAAUUAUUUCAAAGCAAAAACAUAAACUUUAUAACUUUUUAAUAUGUCAUUAAAAAACAGUGGUUGUUGGUGUAUUGUACCAACAUGUAAAAAUACCGGUAAAUCUAAUCCAAAUAAAAUUUUUAUAAAUGUUCCAUCAAAUAAAUUAAAACGAAAAAUGUGGUUGGAUGCAUGCGGGAAUAAAAGUGAUUAUUCUUUAUCAAGUCGACUUUAUUGUUGUGAGGAUCAUUUUGAUAUAUGGAAAAUUAUUUAGAGUGGAAAAUGAUUGGUGGUAACAAACGGAUGAAAAGUAAUAUUUUGCCACAUAAAUACAUUGAAGAAUCAAAACUGACAAGUGUAGAAGUUUCUCCAAUGGAAGUAGAUCAACCAAGUUCUGAGAAAUCCAGCUUCAAUUUUGAUGAUAAAAUGAUAGGUCGAAAUUCAAGCAAUAAUAUCGAUAAUAUGGAUCUGGAAUAUUUGGAUACUGCAAAUUCUACUGCAACUCAAGAUUUUAAAGCCAGUGCAUCUAAUGUUUUUUAUGAUAAUUUUCCUCCUCAAACUAUAAAAGUUAAUGCUGCAGUUCAAGUCAAGAUAAGAAGUUUGUAUAGGAGUACACAAAUUCAGUGUAAACCUCAAACAAAAGACCGUGCAACUUCUCCCAUUAAAAUAUUCUCUGGAGUAAAAAAUUUGGAUGACUCAUGUUCUUCAUCAAUUAGUAAUAAUCAAGUAAUGAACACAUCAAAUACAACAGUAAGUUCAUUCCCAACUUCUUCAGAUAACCUUUUGUCGACAAAUCCAAGUAAUGAAAAUGAGUGGAAAAGCCAAUAUCAACAAGAAAAAUUCCAAAAAUUAAAUUUAAAACAAACUUUCCAAAAAAUUCAACAAUCACCUCGUAAAUAUAUCGGUAUUCCAAACGACUGUAUGGAUAUUAUCGAUAUUUUACGGACUGCUAAAUUAAGUGAUGUUGAAAUCUUUCUCACAUUAAAAAAAAUAAGACUAAAUGAAAGUUUUGCUAUUUUUAGCAGAUAA